GGAACGUUGUCUUCCGCUGGUCCGCUGCAACGACGCGGAUCUGAUGGUAACCGCUACGAAGAUUAAUCUUCGUAAAGAAGCGGUUGCCUGCUAUGUGGUCGAACAGCUCGUUGGAACGAGGCAUGGGGUAGUUGUUCUUAACCGUGCAGCGGUUGAGACCGCGAUAAUCGAUGCAGAGACGGAGAGUUUCAUCUGCUUUGCGAGCAAAGAGGACGGGUGCACCCCACGGGGAGUUGCUGGGUUUAAUGAAACCCAGUCUCAGGAGUUCCUCAAGCUAACGGUUGAGUUCGGUGACCUCAGGGAUCGAGAGUCUGUAGGGUGCCUGGUGGUGAACACGAUAGUCAGGCACGAGCUGAAUGGAGUGUUUGACGUUCCGCAUCGGUGGGAUGCAGGCGUACGAGAACGACGAUGGGAAAACAUCGUGGUACUCUCGAAUGAGGUCACGAACUACGGGCUCCAGGUCGGCCGUAUAGCGUGCGAGUUCCUCAGCGUCAGCAUCGGCGCAUGACGACGGGGUGAACUCGACGGACGGCGGAGGGUGGGAAGUAGAGAUGGGAGCCAUGAAGAUAGAAGGAGGAUCUGGCUCGAGAGGGAUGAGUUCGGCUUUGGGACAGGGUGGAUCAUAGUGUAAGAGAUCCGUCACGUUCACCAUAAAGAAGGUGACGUCAUCCUGUCGGAUGAAGUGAGCGAACUGUCGAGGUGAGGUGAUAGUGAUCGUAGGAGAUGGUGUGGGCACGGAAGACUCUGGGGGAGGAGGAUCGGGGCGUGGUGUCGCGGUGGUACCUAUGAAAGGUACGUGCUACGUCUGUCCACACUUCGUUUUGAGACUGAGAGUGUUGGUCGCCCAAUCGUCCUCGGUGCUGCGGAAACGACAAGACCACGGAGUACCGAGAAUGAAGUCGUACCCCGUCU